AUGCUUCGCUCCGCCCAGACCGACGAGGUUGCGACCGUUUGGGAGAUCAGCGGCCCGAAAACCAUCCUGGUUGCGUAUGCCAUCGCCUUCAGCACCUUCAGCGCUGGCGUGUGGAUCGGUGCCGCCGUCUACAAGGAGUUUGAAAUGCCGCAGCAGAAGACCUGGCAGCUCCAGCAGAACGCGCAGCGCAACUUAUUUUGGUGGAAUAGCACGCGGGCUUCGGGAAAGCAAAAGCACAAGCACAAGAGCUACGCCGUAAAGCACAAGACGGCGGCCGCGGCGCAGCACAACAAGACGGGCGUUCGGCGAGAGGCCCGUCAGAACAAGACGCACGCUCGGCGCGUGGCCGCACGGGCCGCGGCGCGGAGGACGCUCGAAGUAGUGCCGCGCAUGCUGCCUCGGCCGCCAGAGUGCGCAGAGGACUGGGGCAGGGACCUGCAGCCGCCGUCAAAGGGCCCAACCAUCCUGCGAGACUUUUCGGAGGCGAGCUGUGCAUGCAGGAGCACAAAGUGCAGUAAGCUGGCGAUCACGGCCGACCUUUGCUCCGAGUCGGCGAGGAGGGUAAUCUGGCAGCUUGAUCCGAAAAAGAAGCAAGUAGGCAUGCACCGGAAAGAAUGGGAGUAUCAUUACAUCAUCCGCGCGCUCAACGCGUCGGGCAAGCUGCGCCCGGGCAUGCGAGGUAUCGUCUUUGGGGUCGGCCGGGACCCGCUGGUGAGCUAUUUUGCCUCGCUUGGCGUGCGGGUGCUCGCGACCGACCUCGGCCCCAAAGACACAACUGCAUGGGACACGGUGAGCAAGGACUCGCUUUUUCGGGAGCACUUGCUGUCUCGCUCGCAAUUCGAUGAGCUCGUGGAGUUCCGAGCCGCCGACAUGAACGACAUCUCCACCAUCGACGGGCAGUUUGACUUCGUGUGGUCGACAGGCUCCGUUCAGCACGUCGGCUCGAUCGCGCUCGGCAAGGCAUUUGCGAUGGCCUCCAUGCUGCUGCUGAAGCCAGGCGGCAUGGCCGUGCACACCACCGAGUUCUCCCUCUCCUCGCUCGAGAAGACGGUGGACAGCGUCCGUGGCAGGAAGACUAACACGGUGAUCUGGCGGCGGCGCGAUGUGGAGGGUCUCCUCGGCGAGCUGCGCAAGAGUGGCUACAAGACUGCCGAGACUUGCCUAUCGGCCGGGCGCAGCGGCCUCGACACGCUUGUGGACUUGCCGCCAUACCACCCGACGAGACACUUGCGGCUGCAGGUGCUGAAGCACGUCGUAACCUCGUUCGGAUGGGUUGCCUGGACAGACAGGGCUUAG